AAGAGAGAGUUUACGAAAAGGGAAAAUGACAAAAACUUUGCAAGAAAAAAAAGUUGAAAAUAGUACGUAGGAAAAGGCUCCACAGCUUCACUAGUCCAGCAAGCAGCCAUCGAUCGGAUAUCGGGGCAAUUCACUUCUACAAUUCUCCCAAAGUCAAUUCAAUUGUCGACGACCGUAAACCGCUUCUCACCUGCAAUCGACGCCUUCUCCGGGUACCAACCAACGCGGCGACGGCGACCGGAAAGCGCGGAACUGCCGCCCGCAGACCGCCUCCUGUUGUUCGCCACCUGGCCUGAUAGGCUGAUUCUAGUUCUCCUAUUACUCUUUAGUUACUUUACUACGAAGUGUUUUGUCUCAUUCCAUGCUGCUUCUGCCUGUCUAAAAGGACUGCCGAAGGAAUACCGGAAGUUUCGAAUGAAAAUGAUCUAAAGUUUGACUACUGUGGUCUAAAAUGCUAAAGACGGCUCUGAAUAGAAGUUUCGGAAAGGAGGAAGAAAAUGAGAAGCUUUGAGCUAAUUGAGAAGAAAGAUGGAUUCAGAGGAGGCUCUACAGUUGGUGAAACAUGGCGCUACUCUACUUUUCCUCGACGUUCCUCAGUUCACACUCAUAGGCAUCGACACCCAAAUGUAUUCUUCGGGGCCUAAUUUCAAGGGAAUCAAAAUGAUUCCUCCUGGAGUUCAUUUUGUCUAUUAUAGCUCAUCCAACAGGGAAGGCAACACAUUUUCACCCAUCAUUGGCUUCUUCAUAGUUGUGAAUCCUUCAGAGGUAAUUGUUCGGAAAUGGGAUAAACAAGAGGAGAGAUUUGUCAAGUUUUCUGAAGAAGAUGAAGAGAGGUAUACUGAAGCUGUGAGGAGAUUAGAGUUUGACAGGCAACUUGGCCCUUACAUGCUGAACCAAUACGAAGAUUGGAGACAUAUAUCUAACUAUAUUACAAAGGCUGUCAUUGAACGGAUAGAACCUAUUGGAGGAGAAAUUACAGUAUCAUCUGAACCAGAAAGCAUAAGCAAUAUUCCAAGGACACCCAUGGAAAAAGCUUUAGCUGAGCAGCUGAGAAGUAGUACAUACACAGUGCCUGCUGAGAAGUCUGAACAAAAAGGGUGUUACUUCACAUCAAUUCCUCGUCUUAUAAAACACAAAGGGUUGUCCGGGCAUGAACUUACAAGCAUGAACCUUGACAAGACGCAUGUGUUGGAGACCAUUCUAGCAAAGGAGUAUGGUGGAAAUGAAGAUUCACUUUUGGGAGAAUUGCAGUUUUCCUUUGUAGCAUUUCUGAUGGGACAGUCACUUGAAGCAUAUUUACAGUGGAAACUUAUCACCAGCCUUUUUCUUGGAUGUGUUGAAGCUCCUCUUCACACAAGUAGUCGUCUAUUCACCAAGUUUGUCCGAGUAAUAUACCAUCAGUUGAAAUUUGGGCUUCAAAAAGACAGUAAAAAUGCUGAUGUUUCUGAGGAAGGGGCCAUGGCAUUGUUGGAAGAGUCUUGGUUAUCUGAUGACAGCUUCUUACACAUCCUUUGCAAGGAGUUCUUCUCAUUGCUUCUUGAGGCCCCUGUGAUCGAUGGUGACCUCCUGUCAUGGACUAGGAAGCUGAAAGAUCUGCUCAUGAACUCUAUUGGUUGGGACUUUGAACAAAACAGUGCAGCUACUGAAUUAAAUUUUGAAGAUGACGAGUAUGCUCCAGUGGUGGAGGUAAUAGAUGAUGGUGGUGAUGAUGAUGUUGAUCACAAUGGAACACCAGCGGGAGGCAUGGACACAUCCUGAAUCUAGGUCCUAGUAAGAAUGGCAGCCACUCAAUUAUACCAAUUUGUGUUUUUGAAAACGUUGCUGAAGAAUUCAAAAUUGAAUUAUUUAUUUACCCUACUUUGUAUUUUGUCUUUAUAUUCUUUCCAUAGACUAGAUUCAUUGUAUGUGAAUUAUUAUUUACUGCUCCUACUUAAUAGCCGUUGGAAUGUAACUAUAUAUACACAUGCAUACUACUCACGUAUAGGUGUGAGAGUCUGCACUUUGUCAUCUUUAUAUUUCUCUCUCCUUGGUCAAUA